GACGCGCUCUUGCUCUUCAUUUAUACACCUACCAGACUUUCAAGUUGCAUUUCAAUUAAUCUCCAGCUUCACAAUGGGCAAACAACCAAUCCCCUACGCCGCAAAAGUCUCCCUCGACAAACCCGCCGCCGAGCAAGAAUGCCUCCACAACCGCUGGCACCCCGACAACCCCAGCUACACCUCUAUUCCUUGCAACACGGCCGUCAAAAUCGAAUGCGUCGACUGGACCGGUGGCCAGAUCGGCAACAACGACUCGGCCAACGACGUGCGCGACGUCGACCUGACCAAGAUCCACUACCUAACCGGGCCCUUUGAUAUCGAGACGGCAGAGCCUGGCGACGUGCUUGUUGUGGAGAUUGAAGAUGUGCAGCCGUUGGACGAGCAGCCGUGGGGGUUUACUGGGAUAUUUGCGCGGGAGAAUGGGGGUGGGUUUUUGGACGAGAUAUAUCCCGAGGCCGCAAAAGCCAUCUGGGACUUCGAGGGCAUAUUCUGCUCGUCGCGCCACAUCCCCGGCGUCCGCUUCGCUGGGCUCAUCCACCCGGGCAUCCUGGGCUGCGCGCCCUCCGCCGAAGUUCUCGAUACGUGGAACAAGCGCGAAGCCGAGCUCAUCUCCACGCAUACACACCUCAACCGCACCGUCGCUGAGCCGCCUAAUGCGCAGAACGUGCAUGCUGGGUCUGCGACGGGAGAAUUGAAGGAGAAGAUAGGUAAGGAGGGAGCGCGAACGAUACCAGGACGGCCAGAACAUGGUGGCAACUGCGACAUCAAGGCUCUUAGCCGUGGCUCCAAAGUCUACCUGCCCAUCCACGUGAAAGGCGCAAAGUUCAGCGUAGGCGACCUCCAUUUCAGCCAAGGCGAUGGAGAAAUAUCCUUCUGUGGAGCGAUUGAAAUGGCAGGUGUCAUUACUCUCAAGUUCAGCGUGAUGAAAGGCGGUAUGAAACAGCUCGCCAUGAAGUCCCCGAUCUACCUUCCAGGGCCGGUAGAGCCGCAAUUUGGUCCUGGGAGGUACCUCACCUUUGAGGGUUUCAGCGUCGAUGAGAAUGGCAAGCAGCACUAUCUGGACGCGACGGUGGCGUAUCGCCAGACGUGUCUGAGAGUGAUCGAGUAUUUGCGACGAUUCGGUGAGUCGACUUCCUGA